AUGUACAGUGGCCAUGCAGGGAAAUACCAGUGUGACUACUACAGCUCACAUGACUGGUCACAGCCUAGUGACCCUCUGCUCCUUGUCCUGACAGCUUCCGAGGACAAGCCCUCCCUCUCAGCCCACCCGGGCCCCUCGGUGGCCCCAGGACAGAACGUGUCCCUGCAGUGUCGAUCAAGUGGCUGGUUUGACACAGUCUAUUGGUUCAGGGAGGACAUCAAUCACCCUCCUCAGCUCAUUCAUUCUGAGAGCCAGACGGGGCCCUUCCAGGCCAACUUCACCAUGAGCCAUGUGACCUCAGCCCAUGGGGGCACCUACAGGUGCUACACGUCAUUCAGGAAGUACCUGUUGUCCCAGCCAAGUGACCCUCUGGAGCUAGUAGUCUCAGGAGGCCUGCAGGAUCACCACCAAUCAGAGGCACCGAAAGAUGCCGCUGUGACAGACCAUCAGCCUGGGGAAGAAGUGGAGCUGGACAUUCAGUUGGCGCCCUUCCUUCUGGACGCCUUCUGGGCAGGUGGCUGCGCUGACCUGCUCUCCUCCCUGGUCCCCCCGCCGGUCUCCUCUCCUGAGCUUCCCUUGGGUGUCGUCUGCAGUCCUGAAAAGGAAGACCCCCAGGCAGUGACAUAUGCCCAGGUGAACCACUCAAGGACAAGGCAGGGAGCGGAUGCCCCUCAAGAUACCCAGGUGACAUACGCAGAGCUGAACCAUUCGACUCUCAGACGGAACAGACAGGCUUCCUCCGAAGAGGCAGCCCAGGACCCCAGCGUGUAUGCGGAGCUGGCUAAGCACUAG